AUGACCAAGACAACAGACAGGUACUACCUAUUGCCGGAUGAAGAUGAGCCAUGUAGGGCAUGCAAGUCAAUGAGGUUUAUCACCAAAGUGAUGUUCAUGUGUGCAGUAUGUAGACCAGUAUUUGGCCCGGAUGGCCAGACCAAAUUUGAUGGAAAGUUGGGUAUUUUUCCUUUCACUGAAGUGGUACCAGCAAAAAGAAAAUCAAAGAAUAGGCCUAGAGGCACACUUGAGACUAAACCAAUUCCAGCAGUCAAUAAGAAUGUGAUGAGGGACUGCCUAGUCCACAAGAUUGUACCAGCUAUUAAGGCCAAGUGGCCAGAUUGGGCAAGCAAAGAAAUUUUCAUCCAGCAAGACAAUGCCACACCCCACAUAAAUAGUGUGGAUCCUGAAUUUGAGGAUGUAGCAAAUUCAGAUGGAUUUAAAAUCCAACUGAUUUGUCAACCAGCCAAUUCACCUGACACCAACAUACUAGACCUUGGCUUUUUCCGGGCUAUUCAAACACUGCAGCAUGAGAAACCAUGCUCUACUGUUGAUGAAUUGUUGGGAAAUGUGUAUAGCUCUUAUGAAGAGCUAUCACCACAGACCCUAAACAAGGUUUUCCUCUCAUUGCAGGCUUGCCUUACUCAAAUUCUGAUAUUCAGGGGUGGGAACAACUACAAAGUCCCUCACAUUAACAAAGACAGGUUGGAAAGAACAGAGGGGCUGCCUAAUGCAUUGGAUGUGGAUGAGAAGCUUGUGAGAGAUGUGCUAGAGUACUUACAGCUACCAGAGAACAAUGCAGGUGGUGCAUAUGACAUUGAACCUUUGUCUACUGCUUUUGGGUUCUAA